AUGUUUGCAGUCCCCGGUUGGGCAGUUUCUGCCAGUGCUCUGGUUCAAGACAAUUCCUCCUCCACUUCAGAUCGACCCUCCCUUGAUAGCGCCCCAUCUACCUCGAAUAAGAGAAAGAACGCACGUGCCCAUACUGACCGGGUCUCCAAGGUCACGGGUAAUGAACUAGAUCGACUCUGGAACCAGCAACAUGGAACGAGACCGUCUCACAAGGCUGAAAAACAGGGUCAAUCAGAUCAGUCUGGCAAGGAGUAUCGACCUGUCAAGAAGGGAAAGAUAGAGACACGGGACAAUGAGACUGUGCGCCCUCAGAAGACCUCGAGACUCAACGAGUCGACUGGACAGGAACCCAAGGCAAAGUUCAAGGACAGGAGACGGCAAACCACGGACGAGGACAAGCCGCAAAGGCGUAAAGAGAAGAAAUUAGAUGGCACCAUCAAGCAAGAUGCACUUCCGACACAAACCUCUGAAGUCCGCCCGGCGCAGAUACUCGAGAAGCUGCCGCCAGCAGCACCACAAAACCUGAAGCUAACGCCGUUACAAGCCAAAAUGCGCAACAAAUUGACCUCUGCACGUUUCCGACAUCUCAAUGAGACUUUGUAUACCACGACAUCCUCUUCGGCCAUGGACCUCUUCACGGCUUCGCCUGACCUCUUCGCUGAAUACCACGCCGGUUUCUCACAGCAAGUCAAGGAUUCUUGGCCCCAAAAUCCAGUGGACCAGUAUAUCAAGAGUAUUAGAACUCGCGGUUUACUGACAACGCCAUCUCCCGAUAAGAGCAUUCCUCUCCCUCGCCGCAAGACCGGAUCAUGUACUAUCGCCGAUCUAGGAUGUGGAGACGCACCUCUCGCACGUGGCUGUCAAUCCGUCAUCAAGUCCUUGAAACUCAAAUUCCACAACUACGACUUACACACCCCGAAUACCCAUGUCACAAAAGCAGACAUCUCGAAUCUCCCUCUAAGAGACGGCGAAGCCGACAUAGCAGUUUUUUGCUUGAGCCUAAUGGGGACUAACUGGGUGUCGUUCGUGGAAGAAGCAUGGCGUAUUUUGCGUGGAGAUGGAAAGGGCGAAGUUUGGGUAGCCGAAGUCAAGUCCCGCUUCGGACGAGUCUCUCGUGCGGCCGGGGGAGGGCCAACAGUCGUGGAAAAUAGUGUGGGCAAGAGAAGAAAAAACCCCAAACCCAACAACGGCGAUGCGGAUGACGGCCUUGCGCCGGAGACUUUCCUCGUCGAAAAUACCACGUCCACCGAGUCGAAAGACGACACCGACAUCUCUGCCUUUAUCAAAGUCUUCUCCCGCCGCGGGUUCCAGCUGCGCGAGGGUUCGGUCGACAAGACCAACAAGAUGUUCGCGAGUAUGAUCUUCGUCAAGUCUGGCAUACCCACGGCUGGCAAACACAAGGGCUUGAAGUGGAAUGGCCAUGAGUAUAAGCGCUUGGAAGAAGGGAAACCGAGGUUUGUGGGUGGGCAGAGCAAGCGCCCCACAGCCGAGGAGGAUGUCGCACCGGACGAGGAGGCCAAAGUCUUGAAGCCCUGUGUUUACAAGACUAGAUAG